CCUUUGCUUGACUGGUGGGGUUUGUCUUUGUAUGCUUUUCUUAGUGCAAUAGUGCAAUUCUUUUCUUUGAUUCUGCUACUUUUCAGUCCUUCACAAUCCUUUUCAAGAUUCCCCUCACUUCCUAAGCCUUCCCAAUUUUUUUCUUAUAAAAAUUCCCUCUUUUUCUGUUUUUCUUUUUGUUUUCUCUUGGUUUAGCAUUUUUUGCACCUCCCCACAUGCACGUUCUUGGGCGUGUCUGAUCUGGAUUGGAUCACAAGGAUCUCUAUUUGUUUUUUCUUUUUUUUUUCCUUCCUUCAUUCUUGAGUUUCAGAAAAAACAGUGUAAAAACAGGGGAGCAAAGAAGUAUUGUGGGGUUCAGUGUUUUUUGGGAAGGGUCUUUUUGCAAGAGUCUCAUCAGGAGGAGGAGAAGAAAGAACGAGGUGAGAAGGUGAGAUUUCUUAACACCCUUUUGGAUCUUUUAGCCUUUGGGACCCUGCCAAGAUUCUUGCUUUUUGUAUUUCUGAGAAUUUUGGGAUGUCUGUUCUGCUUCUGCAUUACUUUUGUUGUAUUAACUCGGCUGGAAUUUGAACCGGGUUUCUCUCAGUUUAGGGAGAGAUCCUGUUGAAUUCUUGAAUUUACUUAAAUAUGGGGCUAAUUCCGGAAGGGGUUUGCUUUAUUUCGUGAAUCCGAAUGUUUGAAUGGUUGAAAUCUUGACUGCAGUUCUGGGUUUUUGAGAGAUUUAUUGUGGGAUACUGAAAUAGUUGUUUUGAUAUCGUAAUUUUAGUAUUGGCUUGGAAGGUGGGGAGUUCUUACUUUUGGUUUACAUUGAUUUUAAGGAGAUUGGAUGAUAGAACUGCACUUCAAUAGAAUAGUGUAGUUUGGGGUAGGCAUAACAGUUCUACUCCUGAGACAUGGCUAGUAUAGAUGUGGGGAAAUAUGCCCAUAGCCCUGUCCAUAAAGCCAUAAUCUUGAAAGAUUAUGCCGGUCUCAGGAGGAUAAUUGCGGGUCUUCCACGGCUUUGUGACCCGGCUGAGAUUCAUAGUGAAGCAGUUUCGGUGGCUGAAGAAGCUAAGGCUGAUGCUAUUUCUGUAGUGAUUGACCGACGGGAUGUUCCUAACCGUGAUACAGCUCUACAUAUCGCUGUGAAACUUGGUGAUGAGACUGCAACUGAAAUGCUGAUGCUUGCUGGUGCAGAUUGGAGUUUGCAAAAUGAACAGGGUUGGAGUGCUCUACAGGAAGCGAUUUGUAAUAGGGAGGAAGUGAUAGCUAGGUGUAUAGUUAGGCAUUAUCAGCCACUGGCUUGGGCUAAAUGGUGCAGAAGAUUACCUCGGUUGGUUGCGACAAUGAGAAGGAUGAGGGACUUUUACAUGGAAAUUACAUUUAACUUUGAGAGCUCUGUUAUUCCUUUUAUUUCAAGGAUUGCCCCUUCAGAUACUUACAAGAUUUGGAAAAGGGGCGCAAAUCUACGGGCAGAUAUGAGUUUGGCUGGUUUUGAUGGCUUCAGAAUUCAGCGUGCAGAUCAAAGCAUUCUCUUCCUUGGUGAUGGUUCUGAGGAUGGGAAGGUUCCUCCAGGGUCCCUUUGCAUGAUAUCUCACAAAGAUAAGGAAAUCAUGAAUGCUUUGGAUGGUGCUGGUGCCCCUGCAACUGAUGCAGAAGUCCAGCAAGAAGUCGCUGCAAUGUCUCAAACUAAUAUAUUUAGGCCCGGAAUUGAUGUCACUCAAGCGGUUCUUUUACCACAGCUGACUUGGAGGCGGCAGGAGAGGACAGAGAUGGUGGGCCCGUGGAAGUCUAAAGUUUAUGAUAUGCAUAAUGUGGUUGUAAGCAUAAAAUCAAGGAGAGUCCCUGGAGCUAUGACUGAUGAUGAAUUCUUCAAUUCUUGCAAUGAAAAUGAGACAGAGAGUGAGGAGCUUGACAAUAUUCUGACUGAGGAUGAAAGAAGGCAACUUGAGGCUGCACUUAAGACGGAUCCUUCUGAGUCAAACAAUGAGAUUGGUGAUGGCAUUAUUGCUCAUCGUCAUAGUUGUUACGAGCCGAGGGAUAUUCCUAUUGAGGAUACUAAUGGUUGGGUCACUGGAGAUAAAAAGCAGGAAAGAAAAGGAUGGUUCAGUGGCUGGAGGAGAAGGGAUAAUAAAAGUGAAGCAGAUAAGAAACUGACCCCACCAAGAAGUUCCCUUUAUGUAGAAGAUAAAGUUAGUGAUCUUCUUGGAGACUCUCCAUCUGGAAGUCAAAAUAAACCAGGGAGGCAUUCGAUGGAGAUUUCUUUGAAGAGGGAUGAGUACCAUGAGCAUCGAAGAAGUAGAGAAAACAAAGCUUCUUCAUCUACUAGUUCUGAGAGUGGGAGUCGGCGCAAGGAUGGGAGCCGUGAGAAUGAGUAUAAGAAAGGGUUGAGACCAGUUCUCUGGCUUUCCCCUGACUUUCCGCUGCAAACUGAAGAAUUUCUGCCAUUGCUUGACAUUCUAGCAAACAAAGUUAAAGCCAUACGGAGACUAAGAGAACUGCUGACAACAAAGCUUCCAAAGGGGACGUUUCCUGUCAAGGUUGCUAUACCAGUGGUUCCUACAAUUAGAGUGUUGGUUACUUUUACAAAGUUUGAAGAAUUACAACCGCUGGAUGAAUUCUCAACUCCCCCCUCAAGUCCUACAGCUGGCCGUGAGAGCCCGGCAGUUGUGCAGUCCUCAAGUUCAUCGUGGUUUCAGUGGAUAAAAACCCCUUAUAAUCGCGCAAGUUCUUCUAAUGUUGGCUCAAGUAGUAGGAUAGAAAAUAUCCAAGAUCCCUUUCUGCUUCCUGCAGAUUAUAAAUGGGUCACCGCUGAAGAAAAGAAAAAGAGGAUGCAUGAAAAGAGCAAGUUGAAAAAAGGAAAGAAUCAUAAGUAGCAGGAUACGCAGACUGUUUCAUUCGACUCGAUCAUGUCUUGGUAAUCAACGAAAUUCCAAGUGGGACGCAUUAUAUUCAUUGACAUUGCUUGGACCAAAAACAGGUCACACUUCUUCAUGGUAACUCUUUGUUGUGUUGAAAAUCUUGUUAAAAUUUGUGGGGGGUAUAAAGAAAUGGGAAUUGUAAUUCUUGCAAAUGCUUUGUAACCAUAUGGAAACAAUUGAUCAUUUCUGGUGGCUGUGCCACGAUAUAUGUUGACUUCCGGUUGCAGAUUGUUCUGACAUUAGCUUCCAGUCUGAAAAGGCAGGGUAGGUUGAAGCUGGGAAAUACAUACUUCAGUUCCACGUAUACUGUUGAUUGGGUGUUUUACUCUGAAAAGGUUAUUGUUGAUUGAACAAAUUUUCCUGCUUAUUAGGCUUUUCCUCUUUUCUGUUACUAA